AUGGCGAAUCAGUUUGAAUUUAUCAGAGGAGGGAGAAAAUUGUGGAUCUCACUGCAAGAUGUGACAGCAAAACGACUUUCUACCGCUUUUCAAGUUGAUGAAGAUUCACUGUACCUCAAGCAGGAGUGGGGAGAUUCUGCAGUCUUCCCUGAUGAUGGGAAGUUCAAUCUUCUCCCAUAUACAGUUGGAACAAGCUUUGAGGUGAUGGGAGUUGAAAAAAGCAAACAAAAUCCACCUUCAAGUGCAUUAAGCUACACCUCAGCCUCCACAAGUUCUCAGUCUGGUGCCAACAACUAUUCCAACAACCAACAAACCUCAAGACUAUUUGCUGCCUUUAAGAAGAGCACAGACAAAACCUCCUUUGCAUGCAAAAUUGUAUUGGCUGACAAAACAGGGAAAGGAUUCACAGAGAAAAAUCAGAUGUAUCUAACCCUUAGAGAGGACUCUGCAAAUGUCCCUUUUGUACUAGACAAAGCCAAGGAAAAGUUUGGUAAAGAGUUGAUUUUGGUCUCAGGAAAUGGUCUUCCCAUUGAAGAUGAGGAAGGGACCAGAGCUCAGAUGUUCAUAUACAACCUUUACUUUCUUUACAUAGGAUCAAAAUUUUGGAAAUGUCCUUCCCGAAAAAUAUAUGCUAUCUCUCGUCAUUCUGAAAGUAAACACAAACGCAAGAAUAAAGUGUUYACCGAAUCAUCAGAUUCAGAGCUUGACCAAUCGAUCAUUCCAAAGAAAAGAAGAAGCUUCACACAAGAUUUUCAAGUUCUAGCAGAUGAAGUAAAAUCUUUACAAUCCCAAGUGCUAAAGGUAUCCAAAGGAAUGGAGGAAGUAGUGAAUACCAUCAAAGACCUCACCGCCAUAAGCCAGUCAAUGGCAAUCCCCCUAAGCAUUGUAAAAAUCCUGCGUGACACUUUCAGAUGCACAAUUUGUCUAAAGCAGCCAAUGAGACCCCCAAUUGUUGCAGCAAAAUGCUGCAAYAUCCUUUUGGGUUGUGCUGGUUGCGUAAACACAUGGUAUGGUGGGGCAGAUGGGCUUGACAAAUGCUGCCCCCACUGUAGGGAGCCAAGAGGGUAUGCAUCCACRAGCCAGUUUAAGGGCCUYGACGAAUUCCUACAAGGCAUUCAAGCUAUAUUCAGUACGUCAGMUGAUCAACAYGACAGCAGCCAAGAUCAGGAUGAAUGA